AAUAACUAUUUGUGUCCAAUCUGGGCCAAAGUAGGCCAUUGCAGGAUUAAUGCUGCUUUUAUGUCGAAGAAUUGCAAGAAGUCCUGCUCACAGUGCACCAGUGGAGGUAAAGAGGAAGAAAAGGUUAAUUGUGACGACAAUAACUAUUUGUGUCCAAUCUGGGCCAAAGUAGGCCAUUGCAGGAUUAAUGCUGCUUUUAUGUUGAAGAAUUGCAAGAAGUCCUGCUCACAGUGCACCAGUGGAGGUAAAGAGGAAGAAAAGGUUGAUAUAGUUGAUGAAAAGUGUGACGACAAUAACUAUUUGUGUCCAAUCUGGGCCAAAGUAGGCCAUUGCAGGAUUAAUGCUGCUUUUAUGUUGAAGAAUUGCAAGAAGUCCUGCUCACAGUGCACCAGUGGAGGUAAAGAGGAAGGAGAGGUUGAUAUAGAUUGUCUGGAUGGAAACACGCACUGUAAAGAUUGGGCAGAAAGUGGAGAAUGUCACAGGAACCCAGGCUAUAUGCUAAAUAACUGCAAAAAAUCCUGUAAUAAUUGUGGACAGAAUAGCCAAUCCUAUGGUGCUGAACCUUGUGCAGAUGAGAAUAGCAAAUGUGGAGCUUGGGCCAAGAUGGGUGAAUGUAAAUCAAACCCAGAAUAUAUGCUUUUCUACUGCAAGAAGUCAUGUCAAGUUUGUAAGUGAAGCAAAUCUGUUGACAGUUAAAUAACAUUUGCAAUUUCAGUAUCUUGAAAUAUCUUGUUUCAUAUGAAA